UAAAUAAUCAGCGAAUAUAUAGAAAUAGAAACACUUGUACAAAUUGUUGGUGGCAAGUUACCUUGGCCAUCGAUCGCACCUCUCUAGUUCACAUGCCAGGCUGGCGUACAUUACGUGCACGAGGCUAGAACUAAGUAGGCAGGGCCGAUGUCCUUGGUUUACUCUAGAGCUUGCAGCGCGUGGCAACGGUUAUACUGAUGUGCUGCGCACUGCGUGCGUCAAUUAAAGAACUGUACAGGUGUGUUGUGUGUGCGUGCGUCAGUGUAUUUGUGUUAUGGGCACUAUAAUAUGCCUUGGCUAAUUGUUAUGCAAUCGUCUAACUUUAAGCCAAAAGGGAUAUGUCUUUGAAACGUUAUGCAAUAAUCGCGGCGGUAAGUCAGCAGCAGCAACCACAGCAGCUGCAGCUACACAAUGCAACAGUCAUGUCAACAGCAAGGACAACGACAGCAACAGCCUCAGCAAUAAGCCCAGCAUCUCAAUCCGGCAGCGAGGAAGAGCUGCAGCAUUCCCAAGAGCUUGCCAGCAGCUCCUCCAUAACCACCUACUACAAUGGCGGCAUGGGCCUCUAUAAUCAGCAGCGUGGCAUUGGCGGUGGAAUAUCACUGCUCAAUGGCGCAGCCGGCUCCGGCAGCAGUCACGGGGCGAGUGGUGGCAGCAGCUCACAGACCUACGCUCACGUUGUCAAUGGCAGCGUGAAUCUUCUGCUUGGCGGGUCUAUGCUGUGCCUGGUGACGACAGUUUUAUGUGUAGUUUGCUAUUGUUGCCAUCGCAAUAUCAAAAAGCGUACUGAGGCCGCCUACAGGCAGCAACAACAUCAAUGGCUGGAGAAUGAUCCCAAUAUGGAAAUUUAUAGUGUUGAACAGUGCUAUGAGACUUCGGGUCUCUUUUUGGGCGAUUCAACGGACGGCCUAGCCACCUUGCCGGCCUUGCAUCAUGAGCCGCCGCCUUCCUAUGACGCUGUUGUUUUGCACGAGCAGCAGCUGUUGCAACAGCAACAGCAACAACUGGAGGAGCAACAACUGCAGCUACAGCAACAGCAACUACUUUUGCAACGAGUCUCGCCGCCGCCUGGAUAUCGCUCUACGCUCGAUAUAAGCAACGUGCAGCAAGUAAUAGGGGUGUCAAGUGGCGAUGGCAGCGCCGAUGGCAUGGCAGGGAGCAGCAGCUGCAGCAGUAAUGCCGGAGCUGGCGCACUUUUGGUUAACAAGCAAUUGCAGCGCACUUUAAAUGCUCAAUCCUGUUGCUCUCUGCAGCGUGCCGAGGUGGAAAACAUGUGGAACGCAGCCGCGGCGGCAGUGGUUGCGCGCAAUGGCCAUUGCCAGGAACUGGACACAUAUAUGCCUUCGCCAUCGCCAUCGCCUUUGCCUUUGCCGUUACCACUAGCACUCCAGGCACGCAAACAUGCCCAGGCUGCCAUGCGGCUGAAUAGUUUCGGGAGACGUUACUUGCAGUACAGCCAACAUCAUCAGCAGCAGCACAGCCACUACAGACGCGGCUGCCCAUUGUGCGGCAAGUUUCGCUACGCAUCUGAAGACGAGGCGUUGACGGCAUCUGUGGAGAGUGUCCCGGAACAGUACGAUGCCAAUGACAAUUUCGCAAGUGCUGAGCAACAGCAGCAGCAAGCGGCCAUAGAAGCUCCAAAUCGAAUUGAUGCUGAUGCAGCAAAUGGAAAUGUGGUGGACAGCACAACUGAGGCAACGCCAGCAACUGAUAGGGACGUAGACGAAAAUGACAAUGCAGAAGCGAUGUCAGUAGCAGCAGAAGUGGCAACAGCGACUGCAACUGUAGCUGUGGGUGCUGAUAACGACAACCUGGACGCCAACCUGGAUAUUGACAAUAUCAAUGAGAACGGCAUCGUCAGUCUGGACAUGAGCAAAAUCAUUGACAUAUCUGGCCUACCCACAUACGAGGGCGCCCUAAAGCUUGAAUCCAGCGGCUAUGUGUGAAACUCAAAUGUUUCUUGGCAUGCAUAAGUUCAAAAUUUACAAUACGAUAUAUAUCACAUAUGUGCUUUAUUUUUUAAGACAGUUAAGAGCAGAGAAAUCGGCCUCGGCGUUGUGUGUUGUUCUGGCCGAUGCCUUGAGUAUUCUUAGUAUUAGGUAAUUUCCCUGAUUUUUACCAACUGUUCUUUAGCAAUCUUGAUCUCGGGUUGCGUGAUUUUUGUAUCUGCCCGCAAACCAUUAAGGUUCCUCUGUAACACACACAAAUGUAUUGUUAAUGUUAGCUGUUAGUUCUAAGCAUGCAUAUCUCAGAUGAAAAGGUUUGCUGCUAGCAAGUUAUAAACAAAAAUAUCAAUAAAAA